UCCAGCCUCCUGACGGUGCGCUACUCUCAGGGAACAGAGUGGGUUUGCGCUUUUUUUCCCAUCAAAGCCCUUUACCAUCAGUCUGAGAGCUGGGCUUAAGGUGGAGCGGAUCUGAAGGGCCAAGACUGGUUGUGAGAGACUCCCUUAGACUUACACACAUGGCGCUGUAGUAUAAGAACACUUUUGUGGAUUGUGAAAGGGACCGAAUUUUUUUUCAAAAGUCGCCCAUUUUCUGUACAGCGUUUUUAUCAUGGAGAUGCAUAGGUGGACCACCAGGUGGAAAACGAAAAGGUGCAUAUGGGAUUCAACGCUAAUUGCUGUGGUCACAUUAAUUUUAAUUCUACAAGCUGCCAAUGUCAGAGCAGUUGAACAAGUAGAUGUACUGAAGGCUCUGGACUUCCAGAGCUCUCCUGAAGGAGUACAGAAAACAACAGGCUUCUGCAAAGUCCGGAGAGGAUCCAAACCCGACAUCGCUUACAGAGUGGGAAAACAGGCUCAGAUCAGCGCUCCAACCAAACAGCUCUUCCCAGGAGGAGUUUUCCCAGAAGAUUUCUCGAUCCUGUUUACCAUCAAGCCAAAGGCUGGCCUCCAGUCCUUCCUGCUGUCCGUGUACAACCAGCAAGGUAUCCAGCAGCUCGGUGUGGAGGUGGGCCGUGCCCCAGUCUUCCUGUAUGAGGACCAGCAUGGCAAGCCUGCCCCGGAGGAGUACCCCCUGUUCCGCUCCAUCAACCUUGCUGACGGCAAAUGGCAUCGUGUAGCUAUCAGCGUGGAAAAGAAAAGUGUCACCAUCAUCGUGGACUGUAAGAAGAAGCUGACCAGGCCCCUCGGCAGAAGCAACCAGGCCGUCAUCAACACAGAAGGCAUUACUGUCUUUGGCACCAGAAUUCUGGAUGAAGAAGUCUUUGAGGGUGACAUCCAGCAGCUGCUGAUAGUGGCAGACCCCAGAGCAGCCCAUGAUUACUGUGAACACUACAGCCCUGACUGUGAAACCCCCAACCACCACGACACCCCCCAGGCUCAGCAACCUGAGGGCGAGUACACUAACUAUGAAUAUGGUGAGUUCUAUGACUACAAUGAAGGAGAGUUAACCACUGAUGCUCCGCCAACUGAAGGAGCCAAGACUGAGACCAAUGUGGGUGGAGAUUACUACACGGGUGAGUAUGACUACACCACAGUGGAUGGAAGUCAGCCUGAAACCCCAACUGAUACCACGGAACAAGGCCAGAACUAUGAAGGGGAAAUUGUGGAUGAUUACAUCACCGGUGUGGAACAGGUCGGGGUGGAUCCCACCACUGCUGUGGAAACCGCUGCCCCAGUGGAUCCCCAUGAGAAGGUGGACCCUGCCACUGACGUGGAUGAGUUUAAGGAAUACGACCUGAAGGAAUACGACAACAAAGAGAUCGUAGAGAAGCCAUACGAAUAUGGUGACUAUGGCGAUUACGGCCCCACUGAUGCCAAGCCUACAACAUAUGAGGACGAGUUUGGUCCUGGUGUUCCAGCGGAGACGGACAUCAGAGAGAGCAAUGUGGGCGGAGGUCAAAGUUACCUCGGAGAAAAAGGAGAGAAAGGUGAACCUGCCGUCAUUGAACCUGGGAUGCUUAUAGAAGGACCCCAAGGAGCCCCCGGCCAAGCAGGUCUUCCUGGUACCUCAGGAUCGCAGGGUUCUCCAGGUCCCGCAGGAGAUCACGGCGAGAGGGGUCCUCCAGGGCGUUCUGGUAUUCCUGGUUCCGACGGUAUCCCUGGGCCUCCAGGUACCGUUCUGAUGCUUCCAUUCCGUGCUGGUGGUGAGUCACACAAGGGACCUGUGGUUUCAGCCCAGGAAGCUCAGGCUCAGGCCAUCCUUUCUCAGGCUAGGCUGGCCAUGAGAGGUCCUUCAGGGCCAGCGGGCAUGGCAGGAAGAUCUGGUCCUGUGGGAGGUCCUGGUUCUGCUGGACUUAAAGGUGACAGUGGCGACUCCGGACCACAGGGACCCAGAGGUCUUCAGGGUACAACUGGUCCCUCAGGGAAAGCAGGAAAGAGGGGUCGUAAUGGAGCCGACGGUUCUCGAGGAAUGCCAGGAGAGGCAGGGUCUAAGGGUGACCGAGGUUUCGACGGCCUCCCUGGUCUUCCUGGAGAAAAGGGGCAUAGAGGAGAAUACGGUUCGACAGGUCCUCCAGGAUCUCCAGGAGAGGAUGGCCCAAGGGGUGAAGAUGGCCAGGUUGGACAGAGAGGUGUUGCUGGAGACAGUGGUACUCGAGGUUUGCUUGGCCCCAGAGGGUCUCAAGGUGCUGGAGGACAGCGUGGUCUUCCUGGAAUUGAUGGGCAAGCUGGUUCCAAAGGAAACCUGGGUCCACAAGGAGAGCCGGGACCUGCAGGGCAACAGGGUAAUCCUGGUCCACAUGGUAUUGUUGGCCCUCAAGGUCCGAUCGGGCCUCCUGGUGAAAAGGGACCUCACGGGAAACAAGGUCUGGGCGGCCUUCCUGGUGCUGACGGCCCUCCUGGCCACCCAGGAAAAGAAGGUCCUGCAGGCGAGAAAGGAGCGGGUGGUCAUCCUGGUCCUAUUGGGUCCCUCGGCUACCCUGGGCCUCGCGGUGUGAAAGGUGCUGAGGGAAUUAGAGGCCUUAAAGGGGGCAAAGGAGAAAAGGGAGAGGAUGGAUUCCCUGGCUUCAAAGGUGACAUGGGUCUCAAGGGUGACAAGGGUGAGAAUGGUGUAUUAGGAUCCAGAGGAGAGGAUGGCCCCGAAGGCCCCAAGGGCAAGUCGGGACCCAACGGUGAAUCUGGUCCUUUGGGAUCAGCUGGAGAGAAGGGAAAACUUGGAGUCCCUGGAUUGCCUGGGUACCCUGGUCGACAAGGCUCCAAGGGUUCCAACGGCUUCCCUGGAUUCCCCGGGGCAAAUGGCGAGAAGGGAGCAAGGGGAAUCGCCGGCAAAGCAGGCCCUAGAGGACAACGUGGUCCGACGGGUCCACGUGGUGGCCGUGGUGCUAGAGGACCAACGGGAAAGCCAGGUGCAAAGGGCACUUCAGGCAAUGAUGGACCCGGGGGUCCACCAGGAGAGAGGGGACCUCAAGGACCACAGGGACCCGUCGGUUUCCCCGGACCUAAAGGACCCAACGGUCCGCCAGGAAAAGAUGGGCUGCCCGGUCAUCCUGGACAGAGAGGAGAGACGGGCUUCCAAGGAAAGACAGGACCUCCAGGACCUGGAGGGGUGGUUGGACCACAGGGCCCAACUGGAGAGACAGGACCCAGCGGAGAGCGAGGACAUCCAGGCUCUCCUGGUCCACCUGGUGAGCAAGGUCUACCUGGAGCUGCUGGAAAAGAGGGUGGAAAGGGUGAUCCAGGCUCUCAGGGUCCUGGUGGCAAGGCAGGACCUGCUGGCUUGAGGGGGUUCCAAGGGACUAGAGGUCUUCCAGGGGCCAUGGGUCCAGCUGGCUUAAAGGGAGGAGAAGGGCCUCAGGGUCCCCCCGGCCCCCUCGGUUCUCCUGGAGAGAGAGGCGCUGCUGGCCCCGGAGGUCCCAUUGGUCUGACAGGACGCAAUGGCCCCCAAGGACCACCUGGCCCUGCUGGAGAAAAAGGAGGCCCUGGAGAGAAAGGUCCCAUGGGUCCUGCUGGCCGUGAUGGCAUUCAAGGUCCUGUUGGUCUUCCUGGUCCUGCCGGUCCUCAGGGUCCCCCUGGAGAGGACGGUGACAAGGGAGAAGUUGGCGGACCUGGACAGAAGGGAAGCAAAGGAGACAACGGUGAACUUGGUCCACCAGGCUCAAGCGGUCUUCAGGGUGUGGUCGGAGCUCCUGGUCCAGCUGGCAGUGAUGGUGAGUCUGGACCAAGAGGACAGCAGGGUAUGUUUGGACAGAAGGGAGACGAGGGAGCCAGAGGAUUCCCCGGUCUACCAGGACCCAUCGGACUCCAGGGAUUGCCCGGCCCUCCUGGUGAGAAGGGAGAGAAUGGAGACGUUGGAGCAAUGGGUCCACAUGGUCCUCCUGGCCCCAGAGGCCCUCAGGGUUCAAGCGGAGCCAAUGGUGCUCAAGGUCCUCCUGGUGGUAUUGGUGCAAUGGGAGGUGUUGGUGAGAAGGGAGAAAACGGUGAAGCUGGCAACCCAGGACCACAUGGAGAGUCUGGUAUCGGAGGACCCAGAGGAGAAUCUGGUGAGAAGGGAGAAACUGGCCCACCUGGAGCUGCUGGACCCGCCGGUGCCCGCGGACCCUCUGGAGAUGACGGUCCCAAGGGCAACCCUGGUCCUGUCGGCUUCCCAGGAGACCCCGGUCCCCCUGGAGAGCCUGGUGCUGCUGGUCUUGACGGUUUAUCAGGUGACAAAGGAGACGAUGGAGAUGCUGGGCAACCUGGCCCUGCAGGUCCGUCUGGUGAGGCUGGAGUACCAGGACCUCCAGGCAAAAGGGGUCCUGUUGGAUCAGCAGGUCAGGGGGGCAGACAAGGAGAAAAGGGAUCAAAGGGAGAAGCUGGUGCCGAGGGUCCUGAUGGGAAAACUGGACCUGUGGGACCUCAGGGGCCUGCUGGAAAAUCUGGUCCUGAGGGACUGCGUGGAAUUCCUGGUCCUGUUGGUGAGCAAGGACUGCCUGGUGCUUCUGGUCAAGACGGCCCUCCUGGACCUUUAGGCCCCGCUGGACUUCCUGGUAUGAAAGGUGACUCCGGAUGGAAGGGAGAGAAGGGUCAUCCGGGCCUUAUCGGUCUAAUUGGACCUCCUGGUGAGUCUGGAGAGAAGGGAGACCGAGGAUUGCCUGGACCUCAGGGUACUGGCGGUGGCAAGGGUGAUUCUGGUGCUGGUGGUUCCCAUGGUCCUCUCGGCCCUCCUGGUCCCCCCGGUAUUUCUGGCUCUCAAGGACAGAAAGGUUCAAAGGGAUCAUAUGGUUCAGCAGGUCAGAAGGGAGACAAUGGACUGAUUGGACCACCUGGACCACCUGGUCCACCUGGUGACAUCAUCCAGCCGCUGCCCAUCCAGCAGGGUUCCAGAAAGACCAGGCGGCAGGCUGAGAUGCAGGGAGACGAGGCAUUAGCAGACUACGGCGUAGAUGGCGUCGGUAUGGAGGGAAUGGAGGAUGUCUUCGGAUCCCUCAACAACCUCAAACAGGACAUCGAGCGCAUGAAGUUCCCCGUCGGCACCCAAGACAAUCCUGCCAGGACCUGCAACGACCUGCACCUCAGCCAGCCAGACUAUCCAGAUGGUGAAUACUGGAUUGAUCCAAACCAGGGCUGUAUCGGAGACUCCAUUCAAGUGUUUUGUAACUUCACAGCAGGCGGAGAAACGUGCAUCCACCCAGAUAAGAAAUCCACAGGAGUUAGAAUAUCCAACUGGCCCAAGGAGUCUCCAGGUUCAUGGUUCAGUGAAUUUAAACGUGGCAAAAUUUUGAACUACAAUGACAUGGCAGAAAACACCAUCAACACAGUGCAGAUGACCUUCCUGAAGCUGCUGAGCUCCUCGGCACGGCAGAACUUCACCUACAUUUGCCAUCAGUCUGUGGCCUGGUACGACGCCAAGGCUGACAACUAUGACAAGUCACUGCGCUUCUUGGGCUCCAACGAUGAGGAGAUGUCUUACGACAAUAAUCCCUUCAUCAAGCCUCUGAUGGACGGCUGCUCGCUGAAGCAGGGCUAUUCAAAGACGGUGAUGGAGAUCAAUACUCCCCGCAUCGACCAGUUGCCCAUCAUUGACGUCAUGCUGAAUGACUUUGGGGAAUCCAACCAGAGGUUUGGCUUUGAGGUUGGCCCUGUCUGUUUCCUAGGCUAGACACACACCUACUCCCCGCUGAAGGACAGGGUCAGAGGGUAAAUAUUAACACCCACAUACUGAGAUCCAACAUCCUACCUUCUCUCCCUGCCAAGCAAAAAACCUGUGUUUUCUUUUGUUGCCGAGAAGUUCCACUCAAGCCCGGAGAAGAAGAGUGCCUCUAGGCCCUGUCAUGAAGUCGCUGACCAGGGGAAACUACUCCUCGCCCUUGUAGGGCCAGAAUCACAUGACUUUAACUUACAUGCAGUAAUGGGAUUGACAUCAGGAAAAGGACAUUUGAUGCCGUGGCGGACAGCCGCGCACUUUCAGCAACAAAGAGAGGAUCCACUAAACUCCCCUUGUCCUUCGCCUCCCACCAUGCCUCCCUCUCUGGAUGCUCCAGGUGCUGCUCUGAAUACAACCACAGAGAUGCUUUUGUGCAGAAUCACAAAACACUCAAGGUGCUACAAAAAAGUGCUUUUUGAUAAAACUGUAAUUAUUAUUAUUAUUGUGUAUAAUAUUGUUUCUUUCCGAAUCCACUCUAAAAACUUGCAUGUGCCCCAGCUCUUAGAGUUUAAGUAAAUAUUUGGUGAACUAUAUAGAAAUAAAAUCCAAUGAAUAUAUUGUGUGUUAAAAACUAAUUUGCCAAGAAAUAUGUCUUUUGAAAACAUUCCAAUUUGUAAGUAAAAAAAAAUAAUCCUUGUGUAAAUAAUAUGACUUUCAUCUGAUUUUUGUGAGAGAACCUAACUGGAACAUGACGUUUAAAACUAAAAGCAUUUUUAUUUCCAUGACAUGCCAGUUGGUAUGUCCAUCAGGAUAUUAAGCCAUAAUAAAAUGAGAUCCUAAUAUAAAUAUUGUAAGAAAAAAAAUCACUCACCGAGAUGUUAUAUUGUACCUCAGCUUCUAUUUAAAAAAUGUGGACAUAUUUAGCUCGUCUUCAACUGAGCUUAUAUCUUGAUGACACAAUCAAGUUUGAUUAUUUGUAGUAACUAACAAAAGAAAACCCUUUUCUUUUUUGGAGGUUAAUUUGUCAAACUGUUUGUUUUUCAAAAUACCCCCCAAAAAAA